AUGCUCUCCCAUGGGAUUCAAACCAGAGAGGACGCCCACGUCUAUGUCGACCCCUCUAUACCACUCAAUGUCGGCCUAUGGACUCUGUAUGCCGGUGCGACUGCGUUUCUCGGCCUUCGGGUGUGGAUCAAAAUCACUCGACGCCAUGGACUCUGGUAUGAUGACUGGAUUCUUAUUGUAUCCUGGAUCAUCCUCACAGUCAACAACAGUCUAAUAUCAUUGGAGUUUGCAACUGGCUAUGUCGCUGAUGUAUGGGACGAUCGCAUGCACAUUCUCAUCAACAUAACAUCGUGUGGCACCCUUGUAGGGCAGGCAUUGACGAAGACGGCAUUCGCAGUGACCCUACUCAAGCUGACCAAAGGCUGGCAAAGAUGGGUGCUGUGGUACAUCAUUGUGUCCAUGAACCUCUACAUGGUUGUCAAGGUUGUCUUCCAAUGGGCCAAGAUCUACGACAAGCCAAGUUAUAACGUCUGGUACCGUAUUAACUUGUAUCUCGAUUGGGAUUUUCGACAAGGGUUUAAAGAGGGUGGCAAUGUGUACAACAUUAUUAUGGACUUUGUCCUGGCUCUUUUCCCAUGGAUCAUUACAUGGCAUCUGGAUAUGCGCAGGGUUGAGAAGGUCGGUCUUUGUGCAACUAUGAGUCUGGGAAUGAUAGUUGCCGUCGUAUCAGCGAUACGAACAGGCUGGAAGAGCGAAGGAAACGACAAGGACACGAUGUACUUUUGGCGAAACGCGCUCUCGAACGUCUGGUUUUCAUCAGAAGUCGUUGGCACGAUUAUCGUACAAUGCAUUCCAGUGUUGCGCCCAUUGAUCAGAGACAUACACACGUCAUUGACCUCGAAGAAGUUGGCAUCUAAUAUCAUGGAAACUGCUCCUGGUACGGGCCGACGCAGCAAACAACCCGCUGAGUAUAUCACCAGCCAUAGCGCAACAGCAUACUCCGACGGGAAGGGCGACACAUCUACCGACUCGUGGGACAACCAGGGAAUAUACCACAAGACAGACUUCGAACUGUCGAGCAUGGAGAUCAAGAACGGCAAACAGGAGACUUCACUCGUUUAG